CAUCGGCUGAUUGAUUGACCUUCCAAAAUGACAGUCAAAUAGUCCGAAUGAAUAUAAGAUGGAACAAAACAUCACUUUCAAGAGUUUUUCUCUUGAUUCAUAAUUUGAUCAAAAACAAAAUGUUGCAACACACAUCGUUGACAAAUGAACUACAUUACAGCAUUCAAACUGUUGAGUUUGUUUACAGUUAGGUUUUCUGGAAUCAACGACUGUUCAGCAUGGACAUCGGUCCUGCGAAGGUUUGCGUCAAGAAAAUGUCAAGAUUUCCUUUUUGUCUUCAUUUUCUUUGGAUCUGUUAGGCUUCUUCUAUUUAAAAUGCACUUGCAAGAGAGUAUACAAUGUUGGUUGUUGGGUUUUUAAAGUUGCAUUAUUUUCACUCACUGCAUUCUCACAAUAAGUACUCAUCCUUUUUCUUAUAUUCCAUGUUACCAUAGCUCAUUAUUUCAUUUCAAGUAUUAGUUAUUGUUCCAGGAUUAAAGUGACAUUCACUCCUCCUAAUGUUUCUCAUGUCUGGUUUUUGUACCUCAAUGUUAAUAUGCAAUUAUUGACAGUUCUUGUGUCAUCACCUGCAAAAGAGACCUUGAACGUUCCAAAAACAACUCUGUCUUCAUUUGGGACAGGCGGUGUGUCAUAUGUUAGGUUAAUAUGUAACGCUCAGAGCACACUUGAACUUUGUUUCCCCAAAUAAUAGAUGGAGCUUUCAGAAACAAUCUCCCACUAGCUGAAGGGUAUGUAUGAUCAUCAAUCGUGGAAAAAAAGUAGUUAGUCAGAACAAUCUAUUGCAUUUCAAAACUGAAUUAAUUCAAGUGCUUUUGGUGGUAAUGGAAAUGGGGGGAGGGUAAGUUAUUCAUGGGAUCAAUUCUGUCUUAAUAAUUUUGAGCAGAUGGGUUAGUUAUCGUGUCACUGUUCAAUUUUCCUUUUUUAAAAUUAUCUUUUGAUGUCUGCGUGUUUCAGGUUGUGCAAGGAAACCUCAAAAUAUGGUACACAAAAUCAAGAUGGGAUUUAUGUUCAUUGUAACCUGCUUGGGCUUUCUCGCUCCUGUCCACCAAGCGCGCCUUCACAGCACUACCAUCUCAGAUCUUUCCUUCCGAAAUAUGAAAUUUGCCAUGAACCUAUACAAACAAAUAUCCAACUAUCAUGACAAGAAUAUAUUUUUCUCACCUCUGAGCAUCUCCACCAGCUUUGCGGCUCUUUUAAUGGCUUCUGAUGGUGACACAUACAAGGAAAUACUGAAGGGACUCAACCUGGAGCAGCUGGAGCGGGCUGACAAGCCAGAGCUGAUCCCAACACUCUUUCAACUCCUUCAUGAGAACAUCACACAGAAUGGAUCACUGGAACUGGACCAAAGCAUGGCCCUCUUUAUGCGCCAGCAGUUUGAGGUUGAGAAGUUAUUUAAAGAUCAACUCCAGACAUUUUUUGAAGCUGACAUCAAAAGUGUAGACUUUGCAGACACAAAAGGGAGUAUCAGCUUCAUCAAUGAGUUUAUCAAGAACAAGACUCGGGACAAAGUGACAGAGAUGAUUUCCACCCUGGAUGCAGAGACCCAUCUCAUGUUAAUCAACACAAUUUUCUUCCAGGGAACCUGGCAGAAGCCUUUCAACCCCAAUUUUACUCAAAAUGCACCAUUCUAUAUUGACAACUAUAAUAUUGUGCAAGUGCCAAUGAUGUUUUUAGAGGAUAAGUUCUACUUUAUGAAUGAUGUUCCUCUUGGUGCUAAAGUGUUGAAGCUACCAUAUCAGGAAGGUGUUUCCAUGCUUAUCCUGCUACCAAACGCAGGUGUAGACUACACUGUAGUUGAUGAUGGCAUCACGUCUAGGAAGUUCCUCAGCUGGAUCAAAAUGCUGCAUAAAACCAAACUGGAAGUCCACAUGCCCAAAUUCAAGAUGGAAGAGUCGUAUUCCCUGCAAAAUAUUCUUCCAGGAAUGGGCAUGAACAGUAUCUUCAGUAAUGCAGCCAAUUUGACAAAGCUGACUAAGAAAGAAGGCCUCAAAGUGUCAGAGGUGCUGCACAAGGCUGUGAUCGAGGUGGACGAGAUCGGAACCACUGCAGCAGCUGCCACAGCAAUUGGCAUUACUCCAUAUUCCUUACCCAGGACCUUCACUGUCAACAGGCCGUUUUUCUUCUUCAUAUACCAUGAAGCCACAAACUGUCUGCUGUUCAUGGGCAGGGUGAUUGACCCUACCAAAAACUAGCAGUCAUGGGUUGUUUGAGCAUGUAUAACAUUGUGUUUAUUAAGGCUUUUAAAUGGCUGUUUUGAUGCAUCUUUUAAUCUUAGAUUUAAAAAGCUUGUGCUGUUUUGUUCUGUAAGCCUGUCUAAUGUGAUCCCUAUAAUAAAGAAUUAGAAUUAUUGUGCCUUUCUUUUGGAUUUGAUCAAAUCAUUUCAGCUCUCAAAUAAAGAUGUGUGCAAAACAUAAACUAAAUGAGCAGUGGUGUGUAUAGACAUGUGAGCACCAGUUUGCCGUCUCUACAUCUGGAAAUAAACCUUUAAAUAUGUAUUAACAUUUAAAAGCUGCAGACUCGAUGGAUUAUUGUUUUUAAAAAUCCAUUGUCAAUGAUUUAUUUACAUUUAGAAAUGUAUACAGAUGACUUAACUUUGUCUGAUGGCUUGUUAUUAGAAAAUGAGAAACAUGACCUUUUAAUAAAAUUAUACCUGCAAACGGGAAGUGUUG